GGAGCAGCCUGUGGUGUCCUGUUAUUAUUAUUAUUAUUAUACAGGAGGAGCAGCCUGUGGUGUCCUGUUAUUAUUAUUAUACAGGGGAGCGGCAUGUGGUGUCCUGUUAUUAUACAGGGGGAGCGACUUGUAGUGUCCUAUUAUAUUUUUUCUGGGGGAGCAGCCUAUUGUGUAAUUUUAUUAUUAAUAUAAAGGGAGAGCAGAAUGGGGUGUGCUGUUGUUAUUAGUGUUAUACAGGGGGAGCAGGUUUUUGUGUACGGUUAUUAUUAUACAGGGACAGCAGCUUGUGGUGUCCUGGUAUUAUUAUUAUACAUUGGGAGUGAUGGUGAUUUCCUACAAUACAGGAGGAAUGGUCUGUGGUGUUCUGCUUUUAAAUACAUCUGUUAUUUUUAUACUGGGGUGCAGCCUUUAGUGUCGUUAUUAUUAUUACUACAGGUUGAGUAUCCCAUAUCCAAAUAUUCUGAAAUACAGACUUUUUUGAGAGAGAGUGAGAUAGUGAAACCUUUGCUUUUUGAUGGCUCAAUGUACACAAACUUUGUUCAAUGCACAAAGUUCUAAAAAAAUAUUAGCAAAAAUUACCUUCCGGCUGUGUGUAUAAGGUGUAUAUGUAACAUAAAUGCAUUCUGUGCUUAGACUUGGGUCCCAUCACCAUGAUAUCUCAUUAUAGUAUGCAAUUAUUCCAAAAUACGGAAUAAUCCAAUAUCCAAAAUACCUCUGGUCCCAAGCAUUUUGGAUAAGGGAUACUGUGGGGAUUGGAAAUAUUGCUCAAAAUAUAGGAUGUAUUAAAGCAGAGACCGUAAUAUCCCUGGCAUGUGUAACAGAUGAUAAUUGGAGCAGUAUGAAGCAAAUGUAUAUCAGACUCCUGGGAGUUGUAAUAAUAAUACAGGAACAUGACUGGGGAGGUGAGGGGAUCUGGGAGUAUCACAGUGACAUCACUUAUAUCUAUAGUAAUAAUACAGGGACAUGACUGGGGAGGUGAGGGAAUCUGGGAGCAUCAUAGUGACCACUUCUCUCUAUAGUAAUAAUACAGAGACAUGACUGGGGAGGUGAGGGGAUCUGGGAGCGUCACAUUUACAUUACUUAUAUCUAUAGUAAUAAUACAGGAAUAUGACUGGGUAGGUGAUGGGAUCUGGGACCAUCACAGUGAUGUCACUUAUAUCUAUAGUUGUAGUACAGGUACAUGACUGGGGAGGUGAAGGGAUCUGGGAGUGUCACUAUGACAUCACUUAUAUCUAUAGUUAUAAUACAGAGAUAUCACUGGGGAGGUGAGGGGAUCUGUGAGCAUCACAGUGACAUAACUUAUAUCUCUAGUAAUAAUACAGGGACGUGACUGGGGAAGUGAGGGGAUCUGGGAGUAUUUGCAGCGAUAUUGAUGUCUCCCCAUUUUGCAGGGUUACACAGUUUUGAAGAAGAUAUCUGGUGAGUGUGAGACACCCAGCAGCCAUCCUCUUGUGUCAGGCGGACUAAGCAGGACCCACAGCCCCAUCACAGUGCCUCCACCUCACUCACUAAUACAUGAGAGACACAGUGACCAGAAGAUCCUGGAACUCACCAACAAGAUCAUUCAGCUGCUGAAAGGAGAGGAGGGGGAAUAUAUAGAGGAACACAGGGGUCUGUACAAGGACAUGAUGAUGGAGAAUCACCGGCCCCUCACAUCACUGGAUGGGCCCAGUAACAGAGAUACCCCAGAGAGAUGUCCCCGUCCCCUGUAUUACCAGGAUUGUACAGAGGAGAAUCACAGGAUCCCACAGGAGGAUCAGGUAGAACGUCUGUCUAAUAUUAAAACAGAAGAUACAGAGGGAGAAGAAGAGACGUAUGUGACUGAUAUAAAGGCAGAAGAUAUAGAGGGAGAAGAAGAGAUGUAUGUGAUUGAUAUGAAGGCAGAAGAUAUAGAGGGAGAAGAAGAGAUGUAUGUGACUGAUAUAAAGGCAGAAGAUAUAGAGGGAGAAGAAGAGACAUAUGUGACUGAUAUAAAGGCAGAAGAUACAUUGGGAGAAGAAGAGACGUAUGUGACUGAUAUAAAGGCAGAAAAUAUAGAGGGAGAAGAAGAGACGUAUGUGACUGAUAUUAAAACAGAAGAUAUAGAGGGAGAAGAAGAGACGUAUGUGACUGCUAUAAAGGCAGAAGAUAUAGAGGGAGAAGAAGAGACGUAUGUGACUGAUAUGAAGGCAGAAGAUAUUGAGGGAGAAGAAGAGACGUAUGUGACUGAUAUAAAGGCAGAAGAUAUAGAGGGAGAAGAAGAGACGUAUGUGACUGAUAUAAAGGCAGAAGAUACAGAGGGAGAAGAAGAGACGUAUGUGAGAGGUGAUCAGCAGUGUAAGGAGGAGGAAAUCCCUACAGAUAUCAACACAGAUGGACACACAAGCAGGAAUAUCUCAGAAGGACAUCUAAUGUUAUCCCCGGAUUGUGAAAUAAAAGAUAAUGACAGCAGACAGGAUUCUCCAGGAGAUAACCCCAUUACCCCAAUUAUACAUCCAGCUCUAUCAGCUGAUCCCCCUGAUCCUGGGAAAUGUUCUCCUGAUCACUCUGAUAUUGGAGCAUCUGUUACAGCUCUGACAUUAGAUAUAGAGUUUCCCUGUUCUGUAGAUGCCAAAUGUUUUACACAGAACACAAAGCUUAUUACCCAUCAGCCAGCUAAGGCAGGUGAGAAGCCAUUUCCAUGUUCUGAGUGUGGAAAAUGUUUUACAUACAAAUCAGCUCUUGUUACACAUCUGAGAAGACACACAGGUGAGAAGCCAUUUUCGUGCUCUGAGUGCGGGAAAUGUUUUACCCGGAAAUCACAACUUGUUACACAUCAGAGAAGUCACACAGGUGAGAAGCCAUUUACAUGUUCUGAGUGUGGGAAAUGUUUUGCACAUAAAUCAUAUCUUAUUAAACAUCAGAGAAGUCACACAGGUGAGAAGCCAUUUUCUUGCUCUGAGUGUGGGAAAUGUUUUACACAAAAAUCACAUCUUGUUAGACAUCAGCGAAGUCACACAGGUGAGAAUCCAUUUCCAUGCUUUGAGUGUGGGAAAGGUUUUGCAGACAAAUCAGCUCUUGUUAUACAUCACAGAAAUCACACAGGUGAGAAGCCAUUUCCAUGUGCUGAGUGUGGGAAAUGUUUUGCACAGAAAUCAGAUCUUGUUAGUCAUAACCGAAGUCACACAGGUGAGAAGCCAAUUUCUUGCUCUGAGUGUGGGAAAUGUUUUACCCGGCAAUCACAACUUGUUAGACAUCAGCGAAGUCACACAGGUGAGAGGCCAUUUCCAUGUCCUGAGUGUGGGAAAUGUUUUGCACGGAAAUCACAACUUGUUAUACAUCAGAGAAGUCACACAGGUGAGAAGCCAUUUCCAUGUUCUGAGUGUUGGAAAUGUUUUGCACACAAAUCAGAUCUUGUUUUUCAUCAGAGAAAUCACACAGGUGAGAAGCCAUUUUCUUGCUCUGAGUGCGCAAAAUGUUAUACUCAGAAAUCACAACUUGUUAGACAUCAGAGAAGUCACACAGGUGAGAAUCCAAUUACUUGCUCUGAGUGUGGGAAAUGUUUUACACGGAAAUCACAACUUGUUAAACAUCAGCGAAGUCACACAGAUGAGAAGCCAUUUCCAUGUUCUGAGUGUGGGAAAUGUUUUGCACAUAAAUCAUAUCUUAUUAAACAUCAGAGAAGUCACACAGGUGAGAAGCCAUUUUCUUGCUCUGAGUGUGGGAAUUGUUUUACACAAAAAUCACAUUUUGUUAGACAUCAGCGAAGUCACACAGGUGAGAAUCCAUUUCCAUGCUUUGAGUGUGGGAAAGGUUUUGCAGACAAAUCAGCUCUUGUUAUACAUCACAGAAGUCACACAGGUGAGAAGCUAUUUUCUUGCACCGAGUGUGGGAAAUGUUUUACACAAAAAUCACAUCUUGUUAGACAUCAGCGAAGUCACACAGGUGAGAAGCCAUUUCCAUGUGCUGAGUGCGGGAAAUGUUUUGCACGGAAAUCACAACUUGUUAUACAUCAGAGAAGUCACACAGGUGAGAAGCCAUUUCCAUGCUUUGAGUGUGGGAAAGGUUUUGCAGACAAAUCAGCUCUUGUUAUACAUCACAGAAAUCACACAGGUGAGAAGCCAUUUCCAUGUGCUGAGUGUGGGAAAUGUUUUACACGGAAAUCACAACUUGUUACACACCAGAGAAGACACACAGGUGAGAAGCCAUUUUAAUCUUCUGGAGUAUACUUAUCAUUGCCAUGCGAUGUUCUUCAAGGUUCUUAUCCUACCUCCUGUGCUUUUUUCAAUAUACAUGCUACCACUGGGUAUAAUAAUCAGAUGUCAUGCCCUCAUCUACCACUGCUAUGCAGAUGAUCUGUCUUUUGCUCCAGAUACUGAAAACCCAGUACCAAUCCUAAAUGUCUAGCUGAGCUCCAGGUGUGGGUGAUGCCAGUUGGCUGUGACUCAGUCCUGGUGAAACAGGUUCUUAUGGUAGAAGCUCAUCAUCAAAGGGCAGGGAUACAGCUCAGCUUCGUAAACCAGACUUACGGUUGGGGGUUCAGAGUUACAAAAUGCUGAUCAUGUGCGGAAUCUUGGUGUCCUGGAUGGUGGAGUGACACUUAGACAUAAGGUAUCUGCCACAAUCAGAUCCUCAUCUGAGGAACAUAGCCAGACUCCAGCACUUAUUUCCCUCAGAAGAUCUACCUACAGUCAUACAUGCACUUGUAUCAUCACACAUAGACUACUGCAAUGUCCUCUACCUGGGUCUCCCAGCAAAAGAAUUGCACCGGUUGUAGCUUGUACAGAAUACAGCAGCCAGGCUGUUACCUAACCAGCCCGUUCCUGCCACAUUGCACCCAUUCUAUGCUCCCUUCACCGGCUGCCUGUAAGAUGGUGACUCUGGGCCUAAUUCAGGUUUGAUCGCAGUGCGUGAUCCAAACGGAAUUAUUCAGAAAAAGUUGCGGGCGCAUCCACCCGCGUUUUCUGCGGAUGGGCCACAGAAAAUGCGAUUGCCUGUCAGGCAGAGGCAGUCACUGGGGUGGCAGGGAAUGCUCUGUUUCCAGGGAGGAGACGGAUCAGUGUGGGGGCAGUGUGGCACGAACGGAGGGCAGAGGAGGACAAAUGGGCAUGAUCACGGUGGCUUUGUGACAUCAGAUGCAGCCGCCGUGAUUGAGGAGAAUGCGGCGGGCCUCCUGCGGCAGCACAAGGCUUCACUAAUUUCUACGAUGAAGCAGAAAUUGUGAGGCAAUUGCAAUUUCUGCUUCAUCAAGGGGGGAGGCGGUGGUCAGAAUGUUGGGUGGCCUUGCCCUGCGAUGGGCGGCCCCUAGCGCUCAAGGAAAAGUAUUGCAAAUUUGACUAAUUAGCAGCGUCUGCAAUCCUUACUGAAUUAGGCCCUCUAUUAAAUAAUUUACUGACUCCCAGCCUUGCAUGACCAUGGUACCAGAAGCAGCUUCUGCCUCCAUACUGCCCGGGUUUCUUCCAUCUGUUGAUGAAGGACUGUUAGCCGUACCAUAGAUUCCCAAGCAGUGCUUAGAUGUCAGGGGAGACGGUGGGUGGCAGUAGUGCAGUAGCGGGGGCUGCUGGAGGCAGUGGGUAAUGUUCCCAAGCAGCGCUGAGGAGGGAGACAGGGCAGGGGGCAGUAGUGGGAGCUGCUGGACACAUUGUCUAUGUGGGUAAACAUCAAGCAGGGCUGAAGUGUCAAAGCGGAAAGACAGGGCAGGUGGUAGUAGUGGGGGGAGACACUGGGUGGAU